GGUGGAUGCUUUCGCGAAGAUCUAAUAGGGGUUUUUGCGAGUGCUAUGCAAGUACAAGUACAGACCACUACCAGCAGAUGAUAUCAUUCUCUCUACCGCCCUCGUGAUACCGAACAUGUUGCUCACUACGGUACUCGUACUCUACACCAAACCACCGGUAUUGCCCCCCAAUUUGCCACCGGGUUUCGUUUGCUGGAAAUACGGUGCUCGAGUGGUCGUGCAGUACCGUCCGUAGUCUAACUGAAGACCGAAUCGGUCCAAUCGGAAGAAACGUGAUAUAGGCGAAAACGGCUGAACGGGAGGAGGCUCUUUGAUAGUCAUCCCUUAUCGAUGCCAGUAUUUCCUAAGGCCCUCAGGUCUGUCGAACUGGAAGGGAAAAAAGAGUUGUUCUGGAGGGUGGUACGAGUGAGCUAGGGCACAACCACCCUGCCGGUGAUUUAUCUGUUACGAUAAUUAAAAGGAAAUUGAGGACACGUCUUGUCCAACGGGUUCGCUGCUGCCCCGUUCUACUGGUCCACACUCCCUCUCCUCCACCCUUCUCGCCCUCCCGCAUACCAUACCAGCACAUCGAUCCUCGAUUUCGUCAGGAUCGAAAACAGGGCUUCUUCGCCCUCUCCUGACCACACCCGGCUCUGACUUCAUCCAUCAUCCAUCCCCGCACACCCGUCCCCUCGUCCACCGCAUCGGACCAUUCCCGUGACGCUGCCCACAUUAAUUUGCGUACCCAACCACGCGGGGAUCGCACCCGCACCCUUUUCUGUCCAACGAUUCGUCACCACAUAUCUGUCAAGCUGGCGCCCUCAGUGCCCUACGCGGAUUUUCUGGAUCCUUAUCUGGACCAUCUUUCCCCGUACUUGGGAAACCUGGACAGACUGCUCACCGAACUCCAGCUCUCGCUCUUUCCUCGUUCCGCCCCCAGAUCCUUACCCGAUAUCCUGCCCCACCUGUUGGUCUCGCUCGGCCUCUUCUCCACCCUCAUCUUUAUGCGUCGCUUUUUCGGCCGCCCGCAGGGUCGUCCUGACUUCGUUACGGAGCGUGAAGCUUACAAGGGCCCUCUGAUCUCCGGCAUCGAAAAUCCGGAUCCCGAUCGGAGCGAUGAUUACGUUAUGGUUAAGCAUGGGACCAAGGAGUACAUGGUUUCUUACCCUGUCGGUGCCGUUACUUCGGGCAUUGUUACCGUUGGAGCGGUCCGCGAUCAAUGUGUGAGGCUCACUGGUGUGGAGCCUGAGAGGGUGAGCCUUUCUUGCGGAGGGAAGAUCCUCAGGGAUGACGCGGCUCCCUUGGGGUCUCUCGGGAUCGGACACGCUGCUAGGAUUCUCUGCAUUGCGUCGAAAGCAACGCCGGUUCCCCCUACCGAUAGCGAGCCGGCGGUUAUCGUGGACUCCCUUGACGGGGCCGCUCCUUCCAAGCUCAAAAAGAAGAGGAGCAAGAAGAAGGCUCGCCCUGCAUCACCACUCCCACCGGUACCGCUCCCACCGUCACCAGCUCCGUCCCCCCAACCGGAGGUCGAGAGGCUUCCUCUGACGCCGCUCCAGCAGAUCGAAGCGGUCUGGGAGGAUAUUGUUGCCAACCUUCAUCCAUUGGUGAACGAUUUCCUCCAAGGCCCCCCGGCGGAUGCGGAUAAGAGGGUGGAUACGCACAGGAUGUUGACCGAGACCAUGAUGGGUGAACUUCUGAAGUUGGAUUCCGUGGAGAGCGGUGAGCCGGAAGUCAGGGCUAGGCGCAAGGAGGUUGUUAAGCAGAUUCAGCGAACUUUUGAUAGCCUGGAUGCGGUACUGAAGUCGGCAUAGAAUGUGCCAACGGAAUGACUGCGAGGAGUAAGGCGGCUUUGCUACGGGGCACCGCGGUUGGCAUGCUGGUUUUCCUUUUUUUAUUUCCUACACUUUUAUCUUCACAGUAUUACUCCACUGGGGCUUGUUUGUUUUUGAUGCUAUUCUCGUUUUUUUUUCUUCUUUUUCCCCCUUUCUUUUGCAUUUGUUUCCCACCUUUCAUGGGACGACACCGGUACUGAUAGAGGGAUUGGGGGGGCAUGAAUGUACAGUAAAUUUCUCGAUUGACCGGGAAGUGGGAAUGUAUUAUAUGACAAUACAGUCACCAAGUAAUGGGCAUGGCAAAUGUGAGGAUUUGGUGGCCUGAAUAUCGUAGUCGGGCUGUCGCGCGGCAAAAUCCAGCCUCGUCACUUUGGGUGCAGGUUUGUGCGGCUCAAUCGAAUGAUGUAUGCCAAGGCCUCGCGACGUUUUUCCCAUCCCACCUCAUCCCACCUUUCUUGCGUCUCUGACCGGACCAAAGCUACACCCGCUCACCCAACCAGAUACCUCUGCCAGCAAUGUUUGCAGCCCGCCUUCUCUCCCGCCGCCUCCGCCGGCCGGUCCAAACCACCCUCCAUCGGGCCCGUGCACUGACCCUCCCACAGCCCGCCCCGCGCCGUCCACCCCCAUUCCACAGAUCCCCACCCCCCAACCGCGACGAGCUCCAUGCCACCAAACGCCGCCAAACGCUCCUUACCAUCGGCGCCGUAACAUCGAUGAUAACGCUCUACGCCCUGGCAACACAAUCCCCCCAGCAGUCACUGGACUCCCAUCCUCACCCCCCGAUACAACCCGGUGCCCCGGUGAUACUGGCAACGGACGAGGAGAAGCGUGCUGGGGUAGAACUGGUCCCCUCCGGGACCACCAGCGUGCCGAGCUUUCCCAAGCAUCUGAAAAUCGGGGAUAAAGGGUACACGCUGGUAGGACUAGGAAUCCGCACGGUCAGUUUUCUGGCGAUUCAAGUAUACGUGGUAGGGUUCUACGUGUCAACGUCGGACCUGCCUACCUUAUCAGCACACCUCCUCCAACACGCUGCCCCUAGCGGGGCUACCAGCACCACCGUCUCGGAAAGAGACUCUCUCCGCACGCUCCUCCUCUCGCCAGAGCACAGCGAACGAAUAUUCACCACGCUCCUGCAAAACUCUCACGUCUCCACCGCUUUGCGGAUCGUUCCUACUCGGAACACGGACUUUUCACACCUCCGCGACGGGUGGGUUCGAAGUAUUACCGCCCGGGCGAAGCGGGGUGGUGUCUACGAGGAUCCUGGGUGGGCCGCCGCACUGGAUGAAUUCAAGCGACUGUUCGGCGGGCGUGGAAGCGUGCCGAAGAAGAAGACGUUGUUGCUGGUUAGGGAUGGGGAGGGAAGGUUGACGUGCUGGUAUGAUCCGGAGGGGAGGGGAGAUGGGAAGUUGGGAAGCAAGACCGUGAGGUUGGGGGAUAUUGGGGAUUACAGGGUUGGAUUGGCGCUUUGGUUGGGUUACCUUGCUGGGGAGAAGGUUGCCAGUGUUCCUGCGAGGAAGAGCAUAGCCGAGGGGCUCGUGGAAUUGGUGGGGAGGCCGGUGGGGAGUGUGGUUUAA